GAUUAUAUUAGAGUGUUCUCUCAGCAAUCAUGUCUGAAACGGCGCCCGCUGUUGCCGUCAGUGCCGCGGCUCCCGUGGUAGCUUCGAAGGCUCCUGCUAAAAAGGCGAAGAAAGCGGGAGGCGCCAAAGCCCGCAAGGCUUCGGGUCCCAGCGUCACUGAGCUGCUCACGAAGGCAGUGGCAGCCUCCAAGGAGCGCAAGGGGGUGUCUCUGGCGGCCUUGAAAAAAACGCUGGCGGCUGGAGGCUACGAUGUGGAGAAGAACAACAGCCGCAUCAAGCUCGGCCUGAAGAGCCUGGUGAGCAAAGGCACCCUGGUGCACACCAAGGGCAUCGGGGCUUCGGGCUCUUUCAAGAUCGGCAAGAAGCCCGGCGAAGGGAAGGAGAAGGCGCCCAAGAAGAAGGCGACCGCAGCGAAAGCCAAGAAGCCCGCGGCCAAGAAGCCCGUCGGUAGUGUCAAGAAGCCCAAAAAAGCCGCGGCUGCCAAGAAGAGCCCGAAGAAGCCGAAGAAGCCUGCAGCGGCCAAGAAGGCAGCCAAGAGUCCCAAGAAGACUAAGCCGGUGAAGCCCAAGAAAGUAGCUAAAAGCCCGGCCAAAGCAAAAGCCGUGAAGCCCAAGACGGCCAAGUCCAAGACGGCCAAACCUAAAGCAGCAAAGGCUAAGAAGGCGCCGCCUAAGAAGAAGUAAACAUGGCCAGCGCGCUGUUGCUCUUUCAAAAACCCAAAGGCUCUUUUAAGAGCCACCCACUUCGUCAAAAAAGAGCUGUUCUGCACCUUAUUAAAUUACACAGACGCA